UUACUACUUCGAAACUCCGCGACAGCGUAUUGGUUGCCCAACAGUUAAAUUCCGUUACUCGGCAACGACGCAGAUGGAGAAGCGUCACCAGGAAAAUCACAAGAAUCGUCAACUGAGCCAAGAAUGCGAAGAGUCACCUUUAAGCCAUGGCUGUAGCAAACACAGACUCUGUUCUAAAGGAGUCUGGACCGAAAGACUGCCUGCCACAAAUAUAUAAGACCAUAUUGGCAGCUUCGUGUCUGUCAUGUCCCAGCGACCCGAUACAGUUUGUGAAAAACACUGUCCGGGCCCUUCUGGGGCAUGAUCGCCUGCAUCAUGUUGACUGGCAAAGAUUUGUUGCUGAGUCUGAACUGUGCCUUGCCUCAACUGUCCUGACACAUACGACUGUGAACGCUGUCUGUACGGAGGCAGGUGAUAUGCUCCCCUUUAUUCUGCUCGAGAAGGCCUAUGCCUAUUACAGGGAAAACCUAACAAGCUCAUGCUUCAGGAAUUGGAAGAAGUUCACAUCACAGAGCAGGAGAGAUAGAGUGGAGCUCGCUCUGAAGAUGGACUUGACUAAGAAGCACUUUGAGACAAACUGCCAGCGGGUGGCAGUGGUCAAAUGGUUGAACUGGGUAAAAUUACACAAGAAGACACAUUCAGCUGCCAUCAAGAAACUUCAGAGACUUAUAAAUGGUGAACGUCUUAAACGCAUCAUGCAUGCGUGGCGUGACGUUGCAAAAGACUCAAAGAGGGCUAAAGAGUACAUAAAGAAGUCAGAAUUGGCUUAUAAUGAAAGCACCAGUGAAGGCCAACAGAUUGAGGAGCGUGACCAGCUCUCAGCACUUCCCAGCAGCCUCUCUUUGAAGAUUUUUCAGUAUCUGUCCUUACGAGACUGGUUGACUUGUGCUGAGGUGUGUUGUGCAUGGAAAGCGAUCAUCCAGUCAGGAACACUUUGGAGUCAGAUAAACUUCUCUAGGGAGAAAGAAUGGAUAACAGACGACACAGUGAAGCAGAUUUUGCAGAACUACCGCCCGUUUGUGAUUCAUCUCAACCUACGUGGUUGUACAACUCUAAAUUGGCCCAUUUUAAAAUGUAUUAAUGAAUGCAGAAACCUCCAGGAGCUCAAUGUGUCAGAGUGUUUCAAUGUUACAGAUGUGAUGGUUCAGUAUGUUGCUGAGGGCUGUCCCUGUCUGCUGUACUUGAACCUGUCGUGCACACUCAUCACAGACAAUGCACUCAGAGAACUGUCCAGGAACUGUACCAACCUGCAGUACUUGAGUCUGGCCUAUUGCUACCGGUUUACAGAUAAAGGCUUUUUGUACCUGGCCACAGGAAAAGGCUGCCACGGUCUCAUCCACCUCGAUGUGUCCGGCUGCACUCAGAUGACAGUGAAUGCCUUCAAAUACGUUUCUGCUGCGUGCCCUUUACUGCAAGAGAUUGUGAUCAAUGACAUGCCCACGCUGUCAGACGCCUGUGUGUUGGCUCUACUUGCCAGAUGUGCGUGUCUGUCUGCCAUUUUUCUAUUGGAUGCUCCUCAUCUUUCGGAUAUUGCCCUGAAGGCCAUCGCUGAAGCAACCAAACUGAAGGCUUUUUACACAGAGGGCAACAAGCAGCUAUCAGACGCCAGCUGGAAGGCCCUGUGCGGCUCCGCAGGGGGCCUCCGCAGGCUCCAUGCUGCAGAAUGCCCCAGAAUGACUGACGCCAGCCUCAGAUCUGUGGCCACGCUCAUGAACCUGCAGUACCUGGACGUCUCACUUUGCACCAAGGUGAGUGAUGCUGGCAUCAGGUUCUUAACUGAAGGAUCCUCAGUCACAAAACUAAAAGAGCUGAAUGUCAGUGGCUGCAGCUGCAUCACGGACAUCUCUGUCAUCAGGAUUGCACAGAGGUUGUGUAAGCUGGACCAUCUCAACAUCAGUUACUGUAGAAGACUGACUGACAUAAGUCUGGAGUGGCUGAGUGGCAGCUCCAUCUGCUCUCUGGACAUCAGUGGGUGCAACUUUCAGGACCAGGGACUGGCUGCUGUUGAGGGAAUUCACUUGAGGAAGUUGAUUCUUGCAGAGUGUGUCUGCAUCACAGACAUUGGCAUAGAGAAGUUGUGUAAGAGUGUAAGAGACCUCGAACACGUUGACGUGUCUCACUGCGUAGCUCUGUCUGACUCCGCCGUCCGAGCAAUUUCAUUUUACUGCAGAGGUCUGGUUUCGCUGCGGAUGUCGGCGUGUCCUAAGAUGACAGACAUGGCAGUGCAGUAUCUGACCAGCGGGUCCAAGUACCUGCGGGAGCUGGAUGUGAGUGGCUGCGUGCUGCUCACAGACCGCACGCCGCGACACCUGGAAAGGAUCUGUCCUCCGCUCAGCUCCAUCAAAAUGGCCUGUUGCAGCGGCAUCUGCAGGGGGGCUGCCUUGACGCUGCAGCCACAUGUGGAGCACUGGGAGCACAGCAACGGUGACCCUCCAUACUGGUUUAGAUCCAGCACGGGCCCAGUGGGGGAUUUAUUGCUGAGACCCAGUAACACUGACGAGACGUGAGAGGAAAAGAACUUUACCUUGAGAUUAGUGACACGUUUUCUGAUUGGUGUUUCGGUGAAUUAAUCUUGUGCAGUUUCAGCACAGCUCAGCUAACAAAAAUUGUAUUGUAGCAUAUCUUUAUUUGUAAUAUGAAAGCCUGCAG